CCUGUCACACCUGCCGAGACACACACAGCCCAACGAUCUCUCCGGUCGAGCAGAGGCUCUAUAUACACGGCCGUCUUGCCGUCCAAAUACGUACACAGUACGACGUCUAAUCAGGCACACACCAAAAAACAUCGAUAAUCUGUCCGGACGAAGCUCGAUCCCAAUUCCCAAACACGCAAUGGAAGGGAACAGGCCGGCCGGCGCGGUCCUCGUCCUCGCCGCCCUUGUCUUUCUCCUCGUGGUGGUGGUGGUGGUGGAUGCCGCUCCAGGACCAGGCGCCGCGCACGGCGGCGCCGGCCGUGUCGUGAUCGGCCACGCUGCGGCGGGGACAACGACGAUAGGGGCGGCGGCGGCGGCGGCGAUGAGGAGGGGGCUGGUGGAGGUGACGAGCAGCCUGGCAGCCGGCGGCAUCAGCUCCAGGAGCUUGAACGCGAACAAGGCGGCGUGCCUGGGGUCGUGCCCCGCCCGAGGAGGCCGAUACACCGGCCGGGCGUGCUCGUCCAGGUACCAGUGCCGGGGCUGAUAUCAGAGAUCUCUCUUCUACCAGCUCGACGCACCAUAUCCAGGUACUUGUGGUUACUGGCUACUCGGGUUCUUGAUAAGGAGAGGCGUUGCAGCUGACUUGCUGCAGCGGCGGCGGCGAGCCCGUUUACCAGCAACGAUAUGCAUAUGUGCGUGUAAUGUAAUCGAGUGUGCAGUCAAUUUUGAGUGUGUGCGGACUGGAGCAUCAAAGAAGAUCUCCACGAUUGGAAGAUGUCCAACUUCUCUCGUGUUGCUUUGUUGUCAUGGUUGUAAGCCUGCUAAUUGUUGUUUUUGGUGCUUUCGCAUUAAAGCGUCUUCUCUUAGAAGACAAUGGCAUCCGCCAUAAACUUGUAACUUGAGCGAUGUUAAACCUCUGUACGGUCUCUUGCUUAAAAUAUUUACCACAGGCUCUUUGCUA